CGACUCUUUCUGGAAUCCUUCCAUCAAACCCAUUGACGAUGUCAGCUAGGCUAGUUUGCCAUCCUUUCGAUUUUGGAGUUUUUCGAGGGUUCUGUUCAUCCGGAUUGUAAGCUGCCACAGAGAAAGAUUCAAGUAUCUGCAAAACAAGCUGCCCCAAACACACAGAUCUAAAUCCACCCCAAACACAUCCUGUGCUUAUAGUUUCUGAGUCAGUUUGGCCUGUUCGUGCUGCAUAGAUUUCUGAAGAACAUUCUCCGUAAUUUCAGGAAGAGUGUGUUCGUCUGGAUUUUAUUUGAAAAAGAUUUGGCUCGACAGCAGAAAUGAAGGGUCGUGUACGAUGGGAUGAAACUAAUCUAGGGGAAAUCGAGGCAAACAAACCAGUAAGGCAGAAAAUAACAGAGCCAAAGACACCUUAUCACCCAAUGAUCGAUGAAGAUGAUUAUGAUGUCAAGAAUGAAUGCUAUAUUUCUUUAUACCUCCAGAAUAGCUCUGAAGAUGGCACUGGCAAUGGAAUUCAUGCUGAAGCUAUUCAGAGGGCAUUGAGAGAUGUUGAAUCCAGGAAUGACAAAACACGUCCAACUGGAUGGCCAUCUUCCGAGGAUGAGGCAGAUGAAAUGGAUGAAGAUGACGAAGGUUCUGAUUCAGAAAGAAGCAGGCGCUUUAAGGAGCAUAGUCGGGCCCACUACGAUGAAUAUAAACGCGUGAAACUCUUUCGGAAGGGCUCCCUUGGCAUGGAAGACGAAUCUGAUGAAGAGAGCAGUCAAGAAGAAAGACGAUGGAGGGGCUGGUUGUUCAUCAUCCACAGUAACAGCUGCAGGCGUUAAGGACAUGGAAACUGGAGAAGAAAAAGAAGAAGAAGGG